GUACGAUGACCCUCAAAGGUGCCUGCCUCAAGUGGUAUCUGCGGUAUAACCGGAACGGGAUGACCCCCGAAGCGGCGGAAUCCCUGGCCAAGAGAAGAUAUGCAGAUACAUCCCUCACAAAGGCGCGUGGCAAGACCGUGUCUGUGUGUGCGCAAGGCAGCCGGUCUAUGGACCGUGGCCAGGUUAGUGUAUCACUGACCGAAAUGCGGGGUGACGGGAAGGCAGUCACCUAUGCACAGACCGUAAAGAGGAAGAGCGGUCAGCUUACACCACAGGAGCCCCCCAGUUCCAAAACGCUGAGAGACGGCAGCAGGAGAGCGACCGGAGGCCAACCAUCAGCACCGCCCCCCCCCGGGCGGAGGAGGGGCGGCGCAGGUAUGCGGAUGCUGUCAAAGGCUUCCGCAUGGCUGUACUGCCUCAAAACUACCCGGCGGAGUCGUUGGAGUCGGAGCAGCUAACGGUGCUCCAAAACCUCCUCUUGGAAGAAGUAUUCAGAGGCGAUGAAUACGCGGCGUCCUUCCUUGGGGUGGAAUUCAAAGGUGGCAUGCUACAGGUGGACUGUAUGGACGAGUCGUCCGCCGACUGGUUGCGGGAAUUUGCCCCAAAGCUAGGAGGCUGGACCGGUCCCGUCCUCUGUGCAACAAGGGCGGAGGACCUGCCGGUCAUGCACAGGAUGACAAUGUUCCUCCCCCGCAGCGAUGAUAAGCCGUACGAGUUUGCCCUGGGUCUGAUUAAGAACCAGAACCGGGGCCUUAGCACUGCGGCCUGGCGCGUCGUCAGCAGCCAAUUGGAAGAAAAAGGUGAACUACGAGGAUGGAGACUGUACCUGUACAUUGAUGACGAAUCGUACAGGUACGUACGUGCAGCGAGCUUCCGCCUGUUUUACAGGUUCAGCAUGGUGGUCAUGAGGCCGCACAAACCCGCGACCAUAGGGAGCAAGGAAGAUGGGAAGGCCACCACUCAGCCGAGCGGUAGCGGGUCCAAACAGGACACAACGGUGGAAAACAAGGUGGUGGAGAGGAUGCUGGUGGACGAGGUGGCAAAACAACCGGGCGUGAGCAGGGCUGAGCAGACUACGCUAGUCGGAACCGCUGACGUCCCGGAUGCCCAGGAAGCCGGGCUACCCUCCACCCAGGAACUCCUCGAGGGACUAGGUGACCAUGUGGACAGCAGCGCGAACGACGGAGGGGAUGUGGACAUGCCUCGCACUGAAGGUGGAGGUCAGGCAACUUCCCCCGAGACGCAACCCUCGGAAAAUUAACUGGAGUGCCUUCAGGGAAAAGAUACAGAAUAAAAUACAUGAAUUAAAUAGGGAGAGGCAGACCGACGAUAGCGUUACGGGCCCUGGAAUAGAGAGCAGAGUGUUGGCACUGAACGGGUCAAUCACUAAAGCUUACAACGGUAGCUGCCCCCUAAUAGUGUCCACAGAUAGGCGUAACUGUCCGUGGUGGACAA